AUGGCUCAGACCACGCACGAAACCCUAGAUGGACUUUUAGGGACAGCAGCAGAGCGGAUAUCCUUUCACAGCAGCUUAUUACCUGACCCCACGGCGGCAGAAAACUCUCCAGCGGCAGCAGUGGUUCACGAGCUGGUCUUCAAAGCGAAAUCAAUCACACCAUCAGAUCAAUUACUCGCCGAUAACGACAUUUCCAGGCGAACAGGGUUACCACUGGUCAGUCAUGCGCUGAUGGACUGCGGGAAUUUUCUCUACCCUCCGUUCAAGAAGGCUCGAGCCACCAGGGAACCCAAGUUUCGCAAGCCCAACGUGAGCCGACUACAAGGCCUGGCCGAACCUCCGUGCUGCACAGGCUCGGAACCGAACCUGUCGUUGAGCCUGUCCUUGCAAGACCGCAAUACCGAGCGUGAAUCGCCACCCGCCCCGCUGUCUGUGACCACGCCUCGCGCUGAUAAGCACAAUGGCUUAUCAGGGGAGAGUCAGCCCGCCCGUCCCAGCACGCCCAUUCCCCCCGCUACUCCGUCCUUCUCGCUUCUGGAAGGCCCUCUGUCGUUUUCUCCGAUCACGCCGGAGGGGGAACUCUCGCUUGACGAUUCCGCGACUGCCGCCCGCCUUCGAGCCGUCUCAGCCGCUCGGGCAGCCGUAGAAGCACGCGCAUUCGCCGUCAGAAAAGCGCGAGCGGCUUUACGGGCAGCUGCGAAGGCGAAGGAGGCGGUAGCGGCGGUGAUUCACGCGGAGAAGCACGAACGGGCAGCAGGAGAGGAAGCGAGCCAUAGCUGCCCAGUCAACGGUGUAAAUGGGUAUCUGGGGGCUGAUGCUGUGGGGACGGGCGAUUUAGUGGCGGGAGGGGAGCUGGACGGUACAGACGUGUCCAGGAACGGUGCAGUGCGGUUUUCUUCGAGGUGGCGGCAGGCCUUGUCGGAGCUAGAGGCGCGCUGUGAAUGGCUUCUAACGCGUACAGGAGCAGCAGCUGCUGAUAGCGAGACAGGCGGGAGAGCCGUGACGGCAGGUGCAAAGCCCGAGGAGUGCGAGCAAGGGGAAGAGCGGGGAGUUGGUGAGACUGCUACGGGUUUCAGGGGGAGAGGCGAGAGUGGGGGGAGUGGUGGCUCUGAGAUUCCGCUCGGGCUCAAUCCGUCUGCAGGAAAGAGCGGGGGCUUUGAGAUUCCGCAGGGCGCUCAUAACACGCUGGACCUCCACCUGAGUAGACCUGACGUCGCUGAUUCUGCCCUAGCGCUGGCAGUCAAGGAAGAGGAGACGACCCGUGGGGAGAAGGAAAGGGGGUUGGCUUCACGAGAACGGUGCUUGGCGUGGGGUGAUGAGACGGCAGAGGGGAAUGAGGCGGGGGUGCAAAGCGGCGAGGUACGGCGGUGUGUGUCCGUGGACCUGGUGAUGGGCCUGGGCCGCUCGUCUCAGGGGCAAGACGGCAGUGACGGGUGUUACGUGGGUGGUGCUGAUGGGAGAGAGGGAGCCGGGCAGGCUGCAAGAGAGAAAGGAAGGGUAGAGAGACGGAAGGGGCGGCGGGAAGCGGAGGAAGAGGAAGAGGAGCAGGAGGAGGAGGAGGAGCAGGAAGAGGAGGAGGGAGCGGUUGAGAUGGAGGAGCUGCAUCUGCCGCCUGUUUCACGGGAGAGUGAAGAGUACAAGCAGCCACGACCGCCGCCGCUGCCAUUUGGUGCAGCGCACUGCAAGCUCGGUGACGCCGAGCACCGCAAGCCGGAUGAGGGUGAACGUGAACAUGGCAAGCAGUGGCAUUCCAAGGCUGGGAGUGGCAGCAGCCAGGGGCGCAGCCGCGGAUUCAGCCCGCGUGACCGCCCAGAUGGGCUGGCAGGCGCGGCGGUGGCUGUUGAGUCGACUCAAGCUUCAGAUGCGAGGGUUUCAAUCAAGGCAGGUUGCGAGAGGCGAGGGCAGCACGGGUGUGGCGACUUGGGGGAGCAGCGCGAGGGUUACGCGUCAGCAGUAGCGUGCAGUGGGGACGAGACGCGACAGCUGAUGCCCCGCCACGGGGGCUUCUGCAAUGCUGCCGCUAACAGCGGUUUUCCGUCCGCAGAUGGCAAUGCUGCUUCAGCAGGUGGCAAUUCUGUGUCAGCAGGUGGCAAUGCUGUGUCAGCUAAUACCGCAGAUGUAUCGAGCAUUCAUGCAGGAGCCAGCGUCCCCGCGACGGCUUGCAACCACCAUGCCACUGCGUGCUGUUCUGACCCGGGUGUGGUUGGGGACGGUGAUGAGGAGAAGAGCGUGCGAGAAGUGAGGCAGGAGGGCGGUCAGGCGUGUGGCGAGGGGUCGGCAGCAACGGGUGGGGAGAGGGAUGCUGAGAAGUGCGCAGGACGGAAUGGUGGUGGUGGUGGUGGUGCUGUCAUUGUCACUGAUGCUGGUGAUGCAGGUGGUGGGAGGAAGGCACAGGCGACCGAGUUUUGUGGGGAUGAGGGUGGACAGGGCGUUGGAGGGCACAACAUCGGGAUCGUGGGCGUGGGGCGACGCACAGGGGCAGUGGCCUGUGCAUCAGCGGGUGCGGCCGGAGGUGUGGGCGGAGGGACUGUAGUAGGAGAGGAGAAGGAGAUUGGUGGAGCCAAGGAGGGGACAGAAUCUGCAAGACGGGGGAGUGCGGGGGAGGCGAAGGGGAGAGGAGAGGCUGCGGGGAAAGCAGAGGUAUGGGGGAAGGUGGCAGUAAGGAGAGAUGGGGCGGCGAAGGUAGGAGAGGGCAGCGAUAAGGAUGGGAAGGCUGCUGGAAAUGUGGAUAGGGCCCAAGUUAAGGAGGACCGUGAGGUUGAAGGUGACGUCAGCCCUAAGAAAGAUCUCUGUCCCAAGUUGGCUGUUGCUGAGACUGAGGCAGGCAGAGGGGCGGCAAAACAGGAGAAUGGGGAGAAGGCUGGAGCGGGCCGCGGGCAGACGAACGGGCAGAUGGACGGGCAGGCUGGCGGGCGGGUAGAUGGGCAGGCGAUUAGGGUUUCGGAUGUGACCCCGGGGGAUGGUGGGACGGGAGGUGGUGGGAGUGGGGGGUUAGUAUUGAAUGGUCGGGGCGCGGAAGAGGGCCGUGUGCGGAAGCGAGGGGGUGGGGGGGGAGGAGGGUCAGGGGGAGGUGGCGCAGGGGGAUGGGGGGGUGGCGGAAGCUGUGGAGGGGGUAAGGCGGGUAGUAAUGGGAGGGGAGGGGCAGCAGGCGGAGGGGGUGGGGGUGGGAAUGGGGCGGGGGGCGGUGCAGGGGGGGGCACUGGUGGUGCCGGGGAUGGCGGAAGAGAGGGCGGCGGAGGGGGAGGGGGAGGGAGUGGAGGGAGGGCGGGGGAUGUUGCUAGUGAGGAGGAAGAGGAGGAGGACAGAGGGCGGAAGGGAGGGAGGAAGGCGGGCAACGGCAAGAGGUGUGAGAGGAGAGGCAGCACCAGAGAGACUAGUGGGAAUGGGAGGAAUGGGAAUGUUGGCAGCAGCAGCAGCGAUGAUAGCUUGAGUAACCGUGAGGAGGACGAGGGGGAGGAAGAUGAGGAGGAGGAGGAGGAUGAUGGAGAAAUGGACGGUUCAGAUGAUGAGAGCAGCCCCAGGCGCAGCAGCAUCGCCAGCAGUCGCGACGGCAGCAGCAAUGGCAGCAGCGGGAGCAGCGACAGGGAAGGGGAGGAGGAGGAAGAGGAGGGAGAGGAUGAGGAGGAAGACGAGGAGGAAGAGGAAGAGGAGGAAGAUGAGGAGGAGGAGGAGAAGGAAGGUGUGGAGCAGAAGGCGCAGAGGAAGCAGCGAAGGAGCUUGAGCGGGGCUCGAAGUGCGCAGGGUGGCAGGCGAGGCUCGUGGGGGCGGUGGGACGAGAACGGCGGGAAGGGCAGCCGCGACAAAGGCAGCGGAGGUUCGGCCCCUAGCGGCAGGGGGGAAAGGGAGAGGGAGAGGGAGAGAGAAAGGGAGAAGGAGACGGAGCGGGAGGGGAGUCCGGACGUGGGGGGUGGGGGGGCGUGGGCGAGUGAGGCGGGUCAGGAGGGUGGCGGAGCCAAAGCAGGUUUGCGAGUGAACCACCACAGGGGCAGCGGCCGGGCGUCAGAGGGGGCGAUUUUGGGCGGAGACACGUCUCCCGUCAUUCCCGUACCUUCGAAAGAAGCUCGGCAGCCGCGUUCGCAGCUGGUUUGUCACCCGAGGCGGUUCCCGAAGCUGGCUUUAGCGGGGAUAGUGGAAGGCGAGGGUGGUGAGGAGGGUAAGGAGGGGAAGGGCGAGGGGAAGGUGAAGGAAAGCGGAUGGGAGAAGGUGAAGGGGUUGGUGAGGGAGAAGGAAGGGGAGAAGCGAGAUAAGAGGCGGAAUGGGUUGGGGGAGGAGUAUGGAGGGGAGAGGAUCAAAAGGGCUUGGGAGAAAGAGAAAGAGGGGGUGAGGAUGAGUGAGGUCGAGGGUUUUAUACAGAAGCAGAGGGACAAGGGUGGCGGGAUGGAGAAGCAGAAGAAGCGGGAGAAGGAGAAAUCAAGAGAACGAAGCGUUGCAGAGGAGUGGGGAGUGGUGGCUGACAGAAUGAGUGAGUGGGGGGCGGGGAAAAGCAAGGGGAAGGCAGAACCGGUGGGGAGCGGCGAGUGGGAGAAGGAGCGGGAGAGAGGCGCCAAGGCUGGGUUUGCGGAGAGGGAGGCAGAGAGCAGAGCGAAGCUUAAAGAAGGGAAGGAUGCGAGUGGGGGCAUGGCGUGGGGAAGGGCAAGCGAGAGAGGGAGGGAUCACUUGGGAGACUUGGGGAGGAGUAAGGGAAGAGAAGGCGGCAAGGAGGGAGGGUUGGGGGACGAGAGGGAGAAAGGUCGGGCGGUUUCGGAGAGGCCAGAGGGUGAUGAGCGAUACGAAGCGGUUGAGAGAGUCAAGGACAAAGAGAACAUCCGAGGACGACUCAAGGAUGUGGGGGAUAUUGAGAGGGCGGAGAAGAGCAAGCAGGAGGAGCGGAAGAGUGAGAAGGGAAGGGGCAAGGGGCGGGAUAACCACGUGUUAGUAAGGAGCGGAGAGGGUGGAGAGGCAUGGAUGGUCGAGCCGAAGAGAAAAGACAAGUCUGAGGGCUUUGUGGGUGGGAAGCAGCAGCGGGACGGGGUAGGGCCACAUUCGCUAGUGUCACACUCGUUAGUGCCUUCGUUACUGGCUCGUGCUACUGUAGCUCCGCAGGUGGAGGGGAAGCGAUGGCGGAAGAAGGGUAUUGUGGCGGGCCGGGCGCGGAGUGCUGUAGAGCAGGACACUAUAGAGGAUGUGCUCUUAGAGGAUCUUAGGGAUCGUGACACUAAGGAGGGGAUCAGGAAGGAGAAUUCUGCGAAAGGUGCUGAAGGAAAGGAGAAAGGGAAGGUGAAGGGUAAGGGAGAGAAGGAGAAGGAGGAGAGGGAAAGAGAGAGGGAGAGGGAGAGGGAUGCGGAGAGGGGUGUGGUCAAGGGUGUUGGGGAGACUGAUGUGCCUCUCAGCGUGCCUCCCAGUGGUAAUGGUGGCUUGACGGCAAGCUGUAAGCGCAAGCGCAGUGCGGAGAGAAGUUUCUCGGAUGGUUCUGCUGCGGUGCGUGCGGUAUCCUGUCACGCUGGUGGUAACCAUGUGCCGGCUAGUAACGUUGCUCACCCUGGUAACCACAGGCACGGUGGUAACAACGUUCAUGCUGCUGGUAACCACAUGCACGCAGGUAUUCCCGCUCAGGCUAGUAACCAUCCACACGCCUGUAACCACACUGACGCCGCUGGGGCAGAUUUCGCAGUACCAGGAGCAGCAGCAGCAGGUGGGGGUUCGAUGGGAGGAGCAGCAGUGGCAGGAGGGGUGACGGGAGGAGGAGAGCCAAUGGGGGGCGUGGAGCGGAUGGGAAGAGCACCAGUCGUACCCAGGGCGAGAAGCGCAGACGCGUUUACAGCACAGAGGAACGCGGACAGAACAGCAGGGCAUAGGAGCGCGGAUGAAAGUGGGGGCCGCAGGAGUGGGGACGGAUUUGGGGGACCUAUGUCGCCGCCUAGGGUCAGAGUGAAGAAAGCAGAGAGUGGCAGUGGUGGGGGCGAGAGGGAGGCGUUUCGUGCGUGCACGAGUCCCACAGGGCGAGGUGUGGCGCCCAGCAGCACUGCGUCAUCGUGGGGCGAAGGUGAGGCUGCGUGGGUGCUUGAUGCGUGGCUGGUGCUCGGUGCUUGGCUCUGCAAUGGUCCCCCUUCCCUCCCAUCCGCCUGUUCCUGCUGCCCUGCCCCCGUGCCCACAUCCCCCCGUGCCCACAUCCCCCCGUGCCCACAUCCCCCCGUGCCCACAUCCCCCCGUGCCCACAUCCCCCCGUGCCCACAUCCCCCCGUGCCCACAUCCCCCCGUGCCCACAUCCCCCCGUGCCCACAUCCCCCCGUGCCCACAUGCCCCCGUGCCCACAUCCCCCCGUGCCCACAUCCCCCCGUGCCCACAUCCCCUCCCGCUGCUGCUUCUCUCCCCGUGUGCCAACUGCCGACUGCUGCCCCUCUUUCCCCUCCAGGACAUGCGACCAUUAACCACGACGCUCACCACUCUCUUGCCACUGCUCCGCGGCCUUCCGCCCACUGCUCUGUUCCUCUGCCUGCGGAUCCUUCCCCGCAUGCCACUGCUGCGGAAGCAGCAGCCCUGGCUCUAGACAUGUUUGCCGCUGCCGCUGCUGCUGCGGAGGCGGGUGGGCAGGCAAGCAAGGAGGAGGAGGACGAGGGAGGAGGAGAGGGAAGUGACAGCGGUGGUAGCAGCAGCAGCCGCAGCGGCAGCAGGAGACACAGGAAGAAGCAGCGUUGGGGGAAAGAAGGGAGGAGGGAUGGGAGAGAGACGGGUGGGCCUGUGGUGGAAUCUACACCGUUGGAUCGGCUCGCGUUACUUUCAGAUGCACAGCCACGUGUCCAUGAGGAUUCGCUAGGGCGGCAGAGAGCAGCGUGGGUGGAGGCCAGAGAGGAGGGGCGGAGUGGCGCUGGGGAUGGCACGGGCACGGCACUGGUUCAGCUAAGUGCGGGUGUUGCUCAGUUGAGUGCUGGCGGGGAAGCUAGUUCCCAUGCUGCUUGGAGCUCAGGUGUUGGCGUUGCGGGUGGUAAUGCAAUACAAGUAGAAGAGGAAGGACGAGGAGCAACAAGAGAAGGAGCAGGAGCAGUAGGAGGAGGAGGAGGAGGAGGAGGAGGAGGAGGAGGAGGAGGAGGAGGAGGAGGAGGAGGAGGAGGAGGAGGAGGAGGAGCAGGAGCAGGAGUAGGAGGAGAGGUUGUGAACGAGGAGCGUAGAAGUGACGAAGACAAAUGUCUGUCUGGGCUAGACCUCAUAGCAGCAGAGGCAGCGGAGGUGCUUGCAGUGAGGCUGCUUGUAUCGGGUAUGCAGCCCGAGCGGGCGGCAAGCCCGUCUUUAGCGGCGCUAGUAGAAGCAGCGAUGCUGCCUUGUAGGGGGGACAGCAGGGCAGGAGACAGGGAGACUAGCGGGAGGGAGGAUUUAGAAAGGGAGGAUAUAGGGUUGGCGCAUAUAGGUAGGGUGGAUACAGCAGAAGGUGUGGGUGGGGGGUGUGGCGCGAGUCAGGGCGCAAUGCAGCAUGAGGAGAGGCCGAGGGGUGAGGUGGGGCGAGCAGUGGGGUGGGAUAUGGAGAAGGCUGCUGGGCUGGGGCAGGCGGAGUGGGAUUCAGAGACAGCGGGCACAGAGAGGCAUGCAGGGGCGGUGCAGGAGUUGGGGGAGAGAGGGGUUGGGGUUUUGGAGACAGGGGUUGGUUGGCAUGGAUUGCAGGUGUGGUUCGAAGGAGGGUCACAUGGAAGGUUGCAAGGGGAAGGGUUACAGCAAGGGCGGUUACAACAGGAAGAGUUACAACCAGAAGGGUUGCAACAGAAAGGGUUACAAGGGGAAGGGUUGCAAAAGGAAGGGCCAGCACAAGGGAAGGCGUUGCAGGAGGCGUUGCAGGAGGCGUGGAGGCCGAAGCCGAGGAUAGUGGACUUGAACGAGCCGUGGCGAGAGGAGGACGAGGAGGAGGCUGAGGUGGUGGUGGGAGAGGCGGUGGAGAGUGCAGCAACGGACCGAACUUCCCCCUCGCAUGCAGCAGUGCUCCCAGCAGCGGUAGCUACAGCUGUUACAGCGGCUAAAGCUGUUGCAGCUGCCACGGUUGCUACAGCCCCGGUGCCUCACGGGGCACCAUUGCUGCCAGCAGCAGCGGCUCUUGCGCCUGCAGCAGCCAGCGCACGUGCUGCGGAGCUAGAGGCCGCUCACCCACGCCCAGCAGCCGCCACAGCGCCUGCUGACAGCCCACGUGCCGGGGAAUCUGAGCCUUCGCCCCCACAGCCAACAGCCGUCACGGUGGUGCCUGCAGCUGGUGCAGGCUGUGAGGCGGCUUCGAGUGCUCCUCCCGCGUCACUGGCAGCAGCCGCGGUAGCAGCACCACUUCUACCUCACGCUGCACGUCUGCACCUGGUGGGGGCGGAUGAGCAGGAGUGCGCGGGUCCCAGCGCCCCUCUCCUGGUGUCGUGCAGCUCUGCAGGCGCAGGCCCGGAUGAUGAUGGCCUUCAUAGUGCAGGCAUGCGGGAGAAGGGGGGAGUUACGGAGAAGCAGUGGCGGGCGGAGGGGUUGUGGGGCGCAGGAGAGGAGAAGGAGAGGAAUGUGAUGAAAGGGGAGGGGGGUGGGAGGGCAGGGGGUGGGGAGAAGGGUGGGGAGAUGGGAAGAGGGGGUGGGGAAGACGGGGAGAGGGGGAAGGAAGAGGAGGAGUGUGCUGCGGUUGAGGCUACGAGGAGCAGGGCAGCAACGUUGGAGUCGGUGGUUGGGCCGCGGACAGCAGAAACGCAGGAUAUGGGCACAGCAAAGGCAGGGGCAGCAAAGGCAGAGGCAGUGCAAGCAGGGGCAGGGGUUGAUGCAGAGGCAACCGCUCUGUUGGGGGUGGUGGCGGGGGUGGCUGCGGCACGUGAGGCUGAGCGAAGUGAGGUGAAGGCAGAGAUUGGAGAGAUGGGGGCGAUAGGGGCCAAGGGAGCGCAGGGGGGGAAUGGGACGGAGGAGGAGGAGGUGAAGGAGGGGAAGGGAGGUGCAGGUGAGAGGGUAGUGGUUGAGCAGGAGGGUGGGGCGAAGGCCGACGUGGUUAAAUGGGAGGAAGGAACGGCCAAGUCGGAGAGUGGGAUGAUUAGGGAUGGGAGGAUGGGAGAGGGGAGGAUGGGAAAGGCAAGGAUGAAAGAGGAGGCAGUGGAGGAGGAGGUGAGGGGUGAGAGAGGAGAGGGAGCGGUGAGAGAAGAGGGGAUGGUGAGGGAGGGUGGUAUAGCGAGAGAAGAGGGUAUGGAGAGGGAGGAGGGCUUGGUGUGUUGGAACGAUGAUGCGCUGUCAGAUGUGAGUGAGGAUGCUGAUGCCGAAGCUAAUGCCGAAGCUGUUGCCGAAGCUGAUGCCGAAGCUGAUGGCAUGGGCGCUGGAGGCUCUGCUGCUGCACUCAGGGAGGGCAGGUUCGGUGAGGAGAGGAGGCGUGAUGGUGGUGCUGUUGGGGAGGGUGUGGAGGAGCAUGGCAAGAGUGGGCCUGAGACCUCCAAAGAAUAUCCUAUGCGCCCAGCCUCACCUCAACCUCAACCUCAAGCUGAACCUGAGUUUGAACCUGAAGUGGGCCUACAGAGUGAUUCCUCCAAUGCUCACGGUCGACUCAAGCCCACAUUCUCUGAUGUCACCGAACCUGAUACUUCUGAACCUGCAGUCUCCGAGCCUAGCUUUGAGGCUCCCCAGAAGGGGCCUCAUGCCUCCGAACCUGACACGACGGAAGUGGGUGGUUCCGAAGCUGCUGCUGCAACCGAAACUAUGGAAAUGGAUGCUCUGUUAUUGAGCCGACUCAAGCCUGCACUCUCUGAUGUCACCGAACCUGAUGCUGCCGAGCCUGAUGGUUCCGAACCUGACGCUAUGGAUGAGAUUUCUCCUCUUCAUGUGCUCCCAGACUUGGAGGCAGCUUCGGCUCCAGGUUCGGCUGCAUCUGCUCUAGGUUCGGCAAGCAAGGGGCUUUCAUCCCCAGGUUCAACAAGUAAGGCCUCUUUGACUCCAGGUUCGGCAACCAGGCCUAGCCAAAAGGUUCGGAGGGAGCAGGAUCAGGAGCGGAGGGAGCAUCAGGAGAUAACGGGGGAGGAGAGUAAAGGAGAGCUGGUUCCGGGUAAGAGAAAGGGAGGAGAGGAGAAGGGUGGGGAGAGAGAAGGGAGAGAAAAGGGGCGUGAUAGUGGAAGUGAGGAAGGGAAAGGGAAGGUUAAGAAGGAAGAGAAGAGAGAAGGGGAGAGAAGGAAGGAAGGGGAGAGAGAGGGGUACAGGAAGGAACGAGUCCACAGAAGGAACUCGAGUUCGUCUUUUGAUGUAGGGCGGGAGAAGGGAGAGGAGGGCAGGAGGGAAAAGGGGGAGGGGAGGAGGGAAAAGGGAGAGGAAGGGAAACGAGAGAAAAAAGAAGAGAGCAGGAGAGGCAAGGGAGAGGACAGCAAGAGAGAGAAGGGGGAAGAGAGCAAGAGGGGUAAGGGGGAGGAGGGGAAGAAAGAUGAGAAGAAGAGAGCUGAGAGUGUGGACAGGCGGGCAGGGAGUGAGAGAAGGGAGGGGAGCGAGAGGAGGGAGGGGAGCGAGAGGAGGGAGGGGAGCGAGAGGAGGGAGGGGAGCGAGAGGAGGGAAGGGAGUGAAAGGAGGGAGGGGAAUGAGCGGAGGGAAGGGAGUGAGAGGAGGGAAGCAAGUGAGAGGAGGGAAGGGAGUGAGAGGAGGGAAGGGAGCAGACGGGCCGUGGAGAAGGGGAGGGGGCGGAUGAGCAGUGUGGAAGGGGAGGAGGACAGUGAGGAGGGCGGGAUUGGUAGGGGGAGCAGGGAGGAGCGAGGGGGGGUAGGAGGGAGAGAAGUGAGGGAGGGAUCGAGCGGGUGGGAGAGGGAGAGAGAGAAGGAGAGGGAAAGGGAAAGCAAUUCGGGAGGACGUGGAUUGUGGAGGGAGGGAGAGGAGAGAACGAGAGAGGGGAGGGAAGGUAGGGAGGCAGGAGAUUGGAGAGAGGGAAGAGAAGGUAGAGAGGGAAGAGAGGGGAGAGAAGGGAUGGAAGGGAGGGAAGCCAGGGAGUGGAGGGAGGCCAGGGAGGAGUGGGAUGGAAGGGAUGGGAGAGAUGCAAGAGAAAGCGGCCGAGACAGAGACAGCGCCAGAGAAGGCAGGGAGGGGAGAGAAGGGCGGGAAGGCCGGGAAGGGAGGCGCGAAACAGGGUUCAGCGAUUGGCCGCUAGACCCGCCUCUGGAUCCCGACGGCUUCCCCCUCCCCAUCGACCCCAUGCUGCUCCCCCGCUCUGCUGCCUCCGCUGCCGCCGCCGCUGCUUCUGCUUCGUGGCGAGACGGCCCCAGUCCCAGGCUGUCAGGAGGAGGUGCAGGAGGGGGCAUGCGCAGGAGCCCCGACAGGGAGUUUUUCCUGGGGCCGGGAGGGGUAGGGGGGGCAGGGGGCGGGUGGGGCGCUGGGGGGCUUCACCCUCCCCCCCGCGGCCUUCCCCCCGGGCCAGGCAGGGCGUUUGGGGGAGCAGUGGGGGGGCCUAUGAGCCCCGCUGUCAUGGCUGCCGCUGCUGCUGCUGCCGCUGCUGCUGGGAUGCCUGCAGGGUGGAUUGGACCGCCAAUGGGGCCACGACACCUGGCGGCGCGCCGUGCUUCUGCUGCUGCUGCAGCUGCGGUGGCGGCUGGCGGGAUGGGGAUGAGGGGAGGGCCGUUGGGGGGAAUGGGAGGGGGGAGAGGGGGCGCUGGAGGGAUGGAGGAGCUAGUGGAGUUGCACAGGAGAGGGGGGGAGCAUGUGGGAGGGGGAGGGCCCAUCCGGGGGAGGCACAGCCUGCGGGAAGCUGCCGCGCUACGCCGCCCGGAGCAUCUAGCGGCAGCUGGGUUUGGAAGAGGCGGCAUGCAUGAGGUUUGGCGGAGGGACGGGUGGAGGGAGGCAGGCAUGAGGGGGGGUGGGGGGAGAGGCAGUGACGGGGGAAGGGCGGAGGGGAGGAGGGAUUCGGAUGGGGGAAGGAUGGGGUGGGACGAGCCUGGAGGCAAGGAGAAUGGGGUGAUGGGGGGAGGGGAUAGAGGGGGGCUUGGUCCCCCCACACCUUCUGGGGGAGGCCCAGGGGGAAGGGGGGGGAUGGGGGGGUUUCAGGCGGAGGGGAAGGGGAGAGGGGGGUUUCACCCAUCGCCUGGAGCAGGGGAGGGGGAGUGGGGGGCGAUGGGGAGCGGAGGGGAAGCAAGGGGAGGGGGAGAGAGGGGGGAGAGGGGAGGGGCGACAGGAGGGAGGCCUGGGGGAGGGGGCAGUGAGUGGGGCUCGCCUGUAGGAGCAGGAUCGAGUGGGCGGAAGCAGCAAGCAAGCGGAGAGGGAGGGGGAGGAGGCAGUGGGGGAAAGGAGAUGUUACGAUCUGCUAACGGGCACCGCCGGUAG